UGCGCAUGGUACGGCGCAGGCGCAAUAGCGAUACCUUGACUUACGCGCGCUUCAGAAGGUAUAAAUAAGGAUGCCUUGGGGGUUGUUCGGUCCUUUCGAGAAAGCAGGCGGCACUGUGUUGCGUUUGCGGUUGCUCAGGAUUCCAGAUAAUUUGAUUUGGGGAUUGAAGAGGAGCCUCACCUUACAUUGGCAGUCGACACUUUAUGCUUUGGGGUACUUUAUUUACUUGGCAGGGACAGUUGGUGAAGUGGAUGAUAAAUGUUUUUAUAAGCUAAGCCUGGAGGUUUAGAAGCUUGAGCACAUUUGAUCCCUUUUUAAAACUGCCCUUAAGAGAAAAUCAAGGGGGAACAGUAGGUUUUUAAGCUUAUUUUAAGAGAGAGCAAGUAUGUGGGAGGGGCAGAGGGGGAGAGAAUCCCAAACAGGCUCUACCCUAUCAGCAUGGAGCCUCAACUGAGAUCAUGACCUGAGCAGAAAUCAAGAGUCUGACUGAGCCACCCAGCACCCUGAUCCAUGUGUUUCUGAUGUACUUAUGGAUUACAAUAAAGAUGACUGCAUAUUUGUGUGGCUCCUUUUUAUGUGGAAACAUGACUGACAAGGCCCUGAGCUUGUCUUGUAUAUGCUGGCACUUGUUUACUUGGGAAAAUGUGUUGGUUCCUACCAGUUCCCUAGUGUGCAGGGAAGAGCUUCCUGGUUGCAUUCAAAGGUGGCUAAUGCUUAGGACACCUAAGGAAUUAGGUGAGAGACCAACCUACAUUUGGCCACUAGACAGGAGAUCUGGGUUACUGAUAGACCAAGCCUAAUCUUCAGUUUCCCCACAGUGUAGUACAGGCAAGUUAACCUUAGCAAAUACAUGAUUGGACAUAAACAGCAAAAUCCCACUACUGUUAGCUAGUUAGCCUCUACUGCCAUUGUUCCAAGUAGUGUACUUCAGCCUGAGAGAAUUGUCAUCCUGCUUAUGAUGUGAGGCUGAGUCACAAUGGAAAUCUUGUCAAGCACAGGCACUGACUGCCAGCGUUAGAAACUAGUCCAGGCCCUGAAGGAUGGGAACUAGCAGGGAACCAUCUAGAAGCCAUGGGAAUGAGUAAGAUCUUGGAAGAAGAAAGCAGAGAGAGAUCAAACAUCCAGGGUUAAAACUUGGAGAAAUCGCACAGUAUAUCAUCUAAAAGAGGAGUCCAUGAUGGAGGCAGAGGAAAGGAUGCCACCCAAGCGUAUAGCUAAGAGAAGGUCACCUCCAGAGGAUGCUCUCCCCAAAAGCAAGAAGGUGAAGGACCCUCGUAACCAGGCAGUGAGGGCCGCUGCCUCCCGUCGUGUUCCAGGUGCCCACGGGCCGAGCCCUCCUGACCAGAAAACCCGACCAGUCUCACAUAGGUCCCACAGCACAGAACCAGGCAUGGUGCUGACACUGGGCCAGGGCGAUGUGGGCCAGCUGGGGCUGGGCGAGAAUGUGAUGGAAAGGAAGAAGCCAGCCCUGGUGCCCAUUCCGGAGGACAUUGUGCAGGCUGAGGCUGGGGGCAUGCAUACCGUGUGUCUAAGCAAAAGCGGCCAGGUCUACUCCUUCGGCUGCAAUGAUGAGGGUGCCCUGGGAAGGGACACAUCAGUAGAGGGCUCAGAGAUGGUUCCCGGGAAAGUGGAACUACAAGAGAAAGUGGUACAGGUGUCGGCAGGAGACAGUCACACAGCAGCCCUCACUGAGGAUGGCCGAGUUUUCCUCUGGGGCUCCUUCAGGGACAAUAAUGGUGUGAUUGGACUCUUGGAGCCCAUGAAGAAGAGCAUGGUACCUGUGCAAGUGCAGCUGACAAUGCCUGUAGUGAAGGUGGCCUCAGGAAAUGACCACUUGGUGAUGCUGACAGCUGAUGGUGACCUCUACACUUUGGGCUGCGGGGAGCAGGGCCAGCUGGGCCGUGUGCCUGAAUUAUUUGCCAACCGUGGUGGCCGGCAGGGCCUUGAACGACUCUUGGUCCCCAAGUGUGUGAUGCUGAAAUCCAGAGGAAGCCGGGGUCACGUGAGAUUCCAGGAUGCCUUCUGUGGUGCCUACUUCACUUUUGCCAUCUCCUGCGAGGGUCAUGUAUAUGGAUUUGGCCUCUCCAACUAUCAUCAGCUUGGAACCCCAGGCACAGAAUCUUGCUUUGUACCCCAAAACUUGACAUCCUUCAAGAACUCUACCAAGUCCUGGGUGGGCUUCUCUGGUGGCCAGCAUCAUACAGUCUGCAUGGAUUCAGAAGGAAAAGCAUACAGCCUGGGUCGCGCUGAGUAUGGGCGGCUGGGCCUUGGGGAGGGUGCUGAGGAGAAGAGCAUACCCACCCUCAUCUCCAGGCUCCCUGCUGUUUCCUCAGUAGCUUGUGGGGCCUCCGUAGGGUAUGCCGUGACCAAGGAUGGUCGUGUUUUUGCCUGGGGCAUGGGCACCAACUACCAGCUGGGCACGGGGCAGGAAGAGGAUGCCUGGAGCCCUGUGGAGAUGACAGGCAAACAGCUGGAGAACCGUGUGGUCUUAUCUGUGUCCAGUGGUGGCCAGCACACAGUCUUACUAGUCAAGGACAAGGAACAGAGCUGAUGAAGCCUCUGCGGGCCUGGCUCCCGCCACCCACCCCCCCUCCUGGAACUGGGAAGCUAUGACUAUAGAUUCCAGCAGGCCUCCCCCAGCCCUGAGUACUCUGUCAUCUGCCUUUUUCCUAUCAGCAGAACAGAAUCCUUUCCCUCUUUUCUGUCCUCCUUUCCUGAGUCAUCCUACAGUCUACAGGAUGAAGGGGGAGGGGGGAAAUGAAAAAGGGGAGGGGGUUUUGGCAGCUGGAACAUUGCUCGCCCCAGAGUUAUGUGGUUAGACCUUUCCCCCUCGUCCCUACCUCCCAUGGUCCUGGCUGACCCUGAUUUUGCCUGCCAAAAACCAAAAAUUCCUCCCCUGGGGAUUUGGUGCCCACAUUCUGAGAGGUUGGGGGCUCAUCAAGCCCUACUGUAGCCAUGUGCCACCCUCUGUCCUUCACAAUCCACAGGCAGACAAAUGGUAUGGUGGUCAGACCCAGCUGUCAUGGACUUAUGCCUGGGGGAAACUGGAGACUGGGCAGGGCUGCCCAGCCAUGGGCAACUCCAAGCCAAAUAUUUGGCCCUCAACAGAUGUCCACGGGGAAGAAAAAACAAUGAUCCUUCACUUGGUCAAGAAAAAAGCCAAUCAGCCUUUCUCCCAGAAGCACAAACCAUUCUGCCCUUCAGGCAUUGCCUGAGAAUUCUGCCCAUCCAACAUGCCUUACCUGCAGCCAAGGGCCUGAAAUCUGGAAAGGAAGCUACAUCUGCAGGGCAGGACAUGGGGGGAGUGGGGAAGGAGGGUUUUAUAAACAAAUUUAAAGCAAUACUGAGGGUGAAGGGAGGGAGGGGAAAGGGGGCAGAGGCUUGUGCCCAGAAAGGGAAGCAGCAGCUUGUACAGUGGCUGAGGAAACAGAAAACAGUUUUGAAUUUUUUUUUAAUGUAAAGUAUUUUGGAGGGGAGAGUGAACUCUUUUAACACUUUGAAUAAAUUUAGAGUUUUAUAAAACAGGCCACUUGUUUUCUACAUACUCCCUGCUUUUUUUAAGGGAGCACCUGUGUUGGGAAGAGCAGAAUAAACCCACACCUAAGCACCUGGUCAAGGCUAGGACUUAAGUGACAUCAUGAUGUCGUAGAAUAUGCCAGUCAGCUGUUGGUGUGGCUGUGUCAUACAAAUCAAAAAAGAAAAAGAGGUGAUUGAUUUUUGCUUAGGUAUUUAUGUUUCAGGAAUCACUGGAUUUUUUAAAAAUUAUGCUGCAUAAUGUAAGAGACAUGGAAUGGAUCUUUUAAUAUCCUAAUCCCAAACCAAGAUUUGAUUACAGUGCAUACCUAUAGAUACUUAUGCUAAAGCUUGCUGUUGUAUCAUUUUUAACAGCUGACGUCAUUGAUUAAACAUGAUUAACUGCACAAUAA